UAUCAUAUCAACAAAUAUAAAUAUAUAUAUAUUUUGUUUUUGAUAAAUCAUCAUAUAAUUCGAGAAGCCCCAUAUUACGCAACAAGCUAGAAAGAAAAAAAUCAAUUUCAAUCGAUAUUCCACCAAACAAAAUGGCAUUUUUGGGCAAAGUUGUUUUAAUAACCGGAGCAAGUUCUGGAAUUGGUGCUGCAACAGCAAUUCAUUUAUCACAACUUGGUGCAUCAUUAUCGUUGACUGGUCGUAAUCGCGAUAAUCUUGAAAAAAUUGCAGAACAAUGUAAAGAACGUAAGCCAUUUUUGAUAACCGGAGAAUUAACAAAUGAAGAUGAUACAAAAAAAAUACUUGAAAAGACAAUAGAACACUAUGGAAAAUUGGAUGUUUUAAUAAACAAUGCUGGUACCAUUGAAAGAGGUAGUAUUGAAAAUACAAGUCUCGAUCAAUAUGACAGAGUCUUCAAUUUAAAUGUGAGAUCAAUGUACCAUUUGACAAUGUUGGCUGUUCCUCAUCUUGUUAAAACUCAAGGUAACAUUGUCAAUGUUUCAAGUGUCAAUGGAAUUCGUUCAUUUCCUGGUGUAUUGGCAUAUUGCAUGAGUAAAUCAGCUGUUGAUCAAUUUACACGUUGUACUGCAAUCGAACUAGCAUCAAAACAAGUACGUGUUAAUGCAGUUAAUCCAGGUGUUGUUGUGACAAAUUUACAUGAAAGAAGUGGAAUGUCACCAGAAGAAUUAAAAAACUUUUUUGAAAGAAGUAAAACAACUCAUGCACUUGGUAGACCAGGUGAACCAGAAGAAGUUGCUAAAACAAUUGCAUUUUUAGCAAGUAGUGAAUCCAGUUUUAUCACUGGUGCAACAUUACCAGUUGAUGGUGGGCGUCAUGCUCUGUGUCCUCGUUAAUUUAACAAAUAUUUUUCAUACAUUUAUUUUAUACAUUUUUAUAAAUAAAUAAACAAUGAUUAUUUUUGAA